GGGGAGGGGCGACCGGGUGAGGUCCCGGACUGGGGAAUUGGAACACUGCAGGCUGGACUCGGGCCUCAAACAUUCCAGGAGAGCGCUCUUGGGAGUGGCUCCGGGGAGGAGUUUGACAGCGAUCGGGAAUUACAUCCCUGGCACGGUUGUGGAAGCGGCAGGAGGCGGGGGAGGUGAGGGUGAAGAGGAGAUAGCAAAGAAUGCAUGCGGAAGGUGCCAGCAUCUAGGUCUGGGGUGGAUUUCGUUCAGUCCGGGAGAGCUAGCAGAUCAGAACACUGGACACCUUAAGAAGCUUGGGAGAUGUAGGGCGGUUAGUUAGUGGCACUUGAGAGGAGAGGACAGGACAGGGAUGUUCUUUUCCACGUUUCUUAGAAGAUAGUCUCCACACACCGUCAGUGCUUUGGUUACUUUUCUGUUGCCAGAGUAGGUGCAAUCCUUCCUUUAUCCUGAGCCACAUGUGUAUAUAGAUAUUGAUGAGGUGACUGUUUUGUGGUGCAAUAUGUGAGUGAAGUAGGUACUUUGUAUGUCUUGUGGAGGGUGUAAGGAAAGAGUUUGCAUGGUAGAUCAUACUAAAGGGAUCUAAUUUAGGUAGGGAGUCUUAGGAAUCCAUUUGAGAAUAUAGUAGAUUAGAAAGUGUCACAAUGUUUAAAUAUUCUGCAGGUUAACACAGAAAUCAGCCUCCUGGGCCAUGCCGGUUCUAAGGCCUGCUUCUUCUCAGGAGCCCCAGCAGGAGACAGAGGGGCCGGUCCUCACAGUGGAUGACUUUCCCUCCCUGAGCAAGAUGUGGGGCAGCACCUGGGAUCUGCCCAUCACCAGACUCUGGGCUUAAUAAGCCAGCUGAAUGAAGGGAUAUAACAGACCCCUGGGAGGGACACUGAAGCCUGCAGUGGGGGGGGAGGGGCCUGGACAUACCCCUUCCCCCCCAGACUCCUCCCUCUGGACGUACACUCAGCCACGGACUUUGGACUCGCCUAAGAGGAGAGAAGCUGCACUUUGUCUCUGGUUUGGGAUUCUCAGUUUUGGAAAUGGAGUGCUGGAUGGGGGUGUGAUGAUCUCCAAGGGAGCAGCUGAGAGAAGAGAAGAAAGACGUCCUAGGACUCCAGUCUGCGGAGGGGCCCUCAGAAGAUUGCUUUGAUGUGGUUGGUGAGCGGUCCAUGUUCGGCGCAUCCUGAGGGAGAGUGAGGAAGAGACUGGAAAUCCACGUGUCUGUCUUCCAGGGAACCCAGAUUGGCGCAUGGCUGCUUUCUGAUCCCAAAGCCCGGAGGACACACCCCCUGGAACUGCGAGGAGUGAGCCCGGCCAGCAGGGCAGCUUGGAGCCCCGGCACCUCCCCCGCGGGGGCCAGGAUGCUGAAGAAGCAGUCCGCAGGGCUUGUGCUGUGGGGCGCUGUCCUCUUCGUGGCCUGGAACGCCCUGCUGCUGCUCUUCUUCUGGAGCCGCCCUGCGCCCAGCAAGCUGCCCUCCGACAGCGCGCUGGAUGACGACCCCGCCGGGCUCACCCGCGAGGUGAUCCGCCUGGCCCAGGACACCGAGGUGGAGCUGGAGCGGCAGCGGGGGCUGCUGCAGCAGAUCUGGGAGUACCAUGUACGGCGCAGCCAGCGGUGGAGGGCGCCCACUGCGGGCCCACCCGCGCUGCCCCGCGUGCCUGCGACCUCGCCGCCGGCUGUGAUCCCCAUCCUGGUCAUCGCCUGUGACCGCAGCACUGUCCGGCGCUGCCUGGACAAGCUGCUGCACUAUCGGCCCUCGGCCGAGCGCUUCCCCAUCAUCGUCAGCCAGGACUGCGGGCACGAGGAGACGGCGCAGGUGAUCGCCUCCUACGGCAGUGCCCUCACGCACAUCCGCCAGCCUGACCUGAGCACCAUCGCCGUGCCGCCCGACCACCGCAAGUUCCAGGGCUACUAUAAGAUCGCGCGCCACUACCGCUGGGCGCUGGGCCAGGUCUUCCACAAGUUCAAGUUCCCCGCGGUCGUGGUGGUGGAGGAUGACCUGGAGGUGGCCCCGGACUUCUUCGAGUACUUCCAGGCCACCUACCCGCUGCUGAGAGCCGACCCCUCCCUCUGGUGCGUGUCCGCCUGGAACGACAACGGCAAGGAGCAGAUGGUGGAUGCGAGCAAGCCGGAGCUGCUCUAUCGCACCGACUUCUUCCCCGGCCUGGGCUGGCUGCUGCUGGCCGAGCUGUGGGCCGAGCUGGAGCCCAAGUGGCCCAAGGCUUUCUGGGACGACUGGAUGCGGCGGCCAGAGCAGCGACAGGGCCGGGCCUGCGUGCGGCCGGAGAUCUCCAGAACCAUGACCUUUGGCCGCAAGGGUGUGAGCCACGGGCAGUUCUUUGACCAGCAUCUCAAGUUCAUCAAGCUGAACCAGCACUUCGUGCCCUUCACCCAGCUGGACCUGUCCUACCUGCAGCAGAAGGCCUACGACAGGGAUUUCCUCGCCCGCGUGUACGGCGCCCCCCUGCUGCAGGUGGAAAAAGUGAGGACCAGUGAGCAGAACGAGCUGGGGGAGGUGCGGGUGCAGUACACCGGCAGGGACAGCUUCAAAGCCUUCGCCAAGGCCCUGGGAGUCAUGGACGACCUCAAGUCGGGGGUCCCCAGGGCGGGCUACAGGGGCAUCGUCAGCUUCUUGUUCCGGGGCCGCCGUGUCCACCUGGCGCCCCCGCAGACCUGGGACGGCUAUGAUCCCAGCUGGAAUUAGCUGCCUGCUGGUCUCCUGGGCCCCCUCAUUGUCGCGCCGUGGGAAGCCGGCUGCAGAUCCCCACAGGGGAUCUGCGUCGCCCUCUCUGUUUCUCUCUUGGGUCCACUUAUCUUUUUAUUAUUUUUUUAAAUUUUUCGAGUGCACAGAUAAUAAAGGUGAAGAUUAUUCUCCCAUUCUCAAGACGGUCAAAUCAGGGAAACUUCUGGAGUAUGUUGGGGGGUGUUAAGCAGGAAUCACUGUCAUAGGGAGAAACUUGGGCUUGUUGGGGCCACAAGCGUCUACUUGCCAGGUUCUCUCCUGGGGGAUCUGCAGAGGCUGGCAGCUUGAGUGCCCUUCACCAGGCCUCUUUUCCGGGUGCUGGCUCCUACAGCCAGGGUGUGAGCCCUCCUUGACCCCCUCCCCCCAUGGGAGGGGGAGCUGGGUUUUGUGAGAAGGGGACAUAUUUGUGGCCAAAACAAGACUAACCAAAGGGGUUCUAUCAGGGCCUGGGUGGAGCUGUUAGGUCGUCAGGGUUUAUGCCUCCCGCUUGUGUUUCCCUCUUCCUCCCUCGUCCCUGACCUCCUCACAGCUCUUCUGCCCGUGCAGCCCAACAAUUCAGGAUUCUGAGAUGAGACGCUGAAGGGGAAAAGCAAGACCGCGCCUCAGCUCGUCCCUGGCAGUGGGGGAAGAUGGUGGGGGAAGGCCUUGCUGUGCUGGGGCACCCUUCCUUAAUCAGCCUCAAAGAGACAGACUCUGUCCAUGACCCUGGAUCCUGUCCUUUCUGAAAGCUGAUCCCCCUCCUGUCACUCCAGGCAGGUCCAGUGCUGGCCUGGUUGGGGAGAGAUUGGCUCCUUGUUUCCGUUCCCUGGGGCCUGGGCCCGUGUCUCCUAGGGGCCCUGUCAGGCAGGGCAGCUGGACAGGAUGGCCCGGCCUCCCUCCCCCCGCCCCACCCCCGGACACCCUGGGUCUGUUCACGGAGGGAUGCAGAUGGAGGGGCUGAGAGCAAUGGCUGUGUUUUUAUUUCUUGCCUGAUCUCCGUUCGUGGAAGAAAGUUGAAGCUGCAGAACUAUUUUCAAAAAUAAAAGGCUGAAAUGUCAAAAA